AUGCAGUUACAAAGAAAGAGACAUAAAUUAAACAAACUCAAGCUGGACGAUUCAGCCUGUGAUGAUCUCAGGGCCUUCGAGCGACGCCUGACCGAGGUUGUGUCGUCCUACAGGCCCUCCACAGUGCGUUGGCGACUGAUACUCAUAUCGGCGCUCUUGGCCACUGUUAUUAGCUUCUGGUACUGGCUGAAGGAUCCACAUUCGGCCACUUUGCCCCUGUAUUCAUCUCUAUGGCGCCAUCCCGCAUUCUCCGUAUCCGCCUUGGUGAUGAUUGCGCUCUUCAUUUUCGGCAUAAAGAAGCUUGUAAUGGGUCCUAUGGUCAUCACCCAUCGCACCCGGCUCGUUCUCAGAGACUUCAACAUGAGCUGCACUGACGAUGGAAAACUUAUACUCAUACGCCCACCUAAACAAUGAACGAAUUACAUAAAGCAGACCAAUGCAUACAUUAUACAUAAGCUUUCGACAACCGCACACACUCGCAUUUCCAGAAAAACUAGUUUCUCCACUUGCUGCAUUCCGUAAGCUCACAGAAUUGUUAACACGGCUAUUCGGAACAUCAAGAUGCAGCCACAUUCAGAAACAAUACACAAUUAGCAGCAGAGUAGCGUUUUUGAUUAUUAUGAAAUAAAUUGUCAUGUGAAAAUAAA